AAGGGGUCAGGGAUCAGAUUAUCGCGAAGAAUGGUGUGACGCGCGCAGCGACGAUGGCGGUUGCUGGGGUCGAGAGCGAGACGUUGGCCCGCGAUUGGAAACGGACGUUAAAGGAUCGCUUGGUGGCUGUGGCCUCCCAGAAACCUAAAACAACAGAUCAAGAACUAAAGGAUAAUGAAAUGGAUCUCUUCACCAAAUAUUACGUUGAAUGGAGAGGGGGCAGGAAAAAGAACAAUCUAUCUUACAAAAGUAUCCCAAGGUUUUAUUAUAGGCUUCCAGCAGAGGAUGAAAUUCUGUUGCAGAAGUUAAGAGAAGAAUCCAGGGCAGUAUUUCUUCAAAGGAAGAGUAGAGAAUUGUUGGAUAAUGAAGAGCUACAGAAUUUGUGGUUCUUACUAGACAAACAUCAAACCCCUCCUCUGAUAGGAGAGGAAGCAAUGAUAAAUUAUGAACAUUUUCUGGAGGUCAAAGAGAAAGCCGGACAGAAAUGCAAGCAGUUCUUUGCAGCUAAGAUCUUUGCAAAACUCUUGCACAGUGAUGCAUAUGGAAGGAUCUCCAUAAUGCAGUUCUUCAACUAUGUCAUGCGAAAAGUUUGGUUGCAUCAGACAAGGAUAGGACUGAGUUUGUAUGAUGUGGCAGGUCAAGGAUAUCUUCGUGAAUCUGAUUUGGAAAAUUACAUUUUGGAGUUGAUUCCAACUUUACCACAGCUAGAUGGCUUAGAAAAGUCCUUCUAUUCAUUCUAUGUGUGCACUGCAGUUAGAAAAUUCUUUUUCUUCCUCGACCCACUCAGAACAGGCAAGAUAAAAAUCCAAGAUAUUUUGGCUUGCAGCUUUUUGGAUGAUUUGUUGGAGCUCAGAGAUGAGGAACUCUCUAAGGAAAGUCAAGAAUCAAAUUGGUUUUCUGCACCUUCUGCAUUGAGAGUAUAUGGUCAGUACUUAAAUCUGGAUAAAGAUCACAAUGGAAUGCUCAGCAAAGAAGAGCUAUCACGUUAUGGUACUGGAACUCUUACGGGCGUGUUUUUGGAUAGGGUUUUUCAGGAGUGCCUAACAUAUGAUGGAGAAAUGGAUUACAAGACAUAUUUGGAUUUUGUUCUCGCUUUGGAAAACCGAAAGGAACCUGCUGCACUUCAAUAUAUCUUUAAAUUACUGGAUAUGGAAAAUAAGGGUUAUCUUAAUGUAUUUUCUCUGAAUUUUUUCUUCAGGGCCAUACAAGAGCAAAUGAAACUUCAUGGGCAGGAGCCAGUUUCUUUUCAGGAUGUUAAGGAUGAAAUCUUCGACAUGGUUAAGCCCAAAGAUCCGUACAAAAUCACCCUUCAAGAUUUAAUAAGCAGUGGACAAGGUGACACAGUCAGCAGUAUUCUAAUUGAUCUGAAUGGUUUUUGGACUUAUGAAAACAGAGAAGUUCUUGUUGCAAAUGAUAAUGAUGGUAGCGCUGAUCUGGAUGAUUCAUGAUUCUAUUAAUGCAACUUUGAUUCUUGUACUGAGUUUGGAAAUUGUGCAUGAUAAAUUGUAUGGGAUAAAUAGUCAUCAUAAAUUUUUAUUAAAGUUUUGUAGUGUACAAAA